AUGGCAAUGAGGCCAUCCUCGGUCGGCAACGAUCUCGAUGCGAACUGCCUUCACGUGGCUGCACUGGACGAUCGGCCUCAGGGGUCCCACGACCGGCGAACUGCCGUAAGCGGCGUAAGCGUACCGUAUUGGGCUUCUGGGCUUCCAGUGAAGGCUCCAUCCACCCACGGUACCAUUCCGUUCGCGCCAGAGCAGUUGGCACUUAGCCUUUUUGCUUGCAUCGUCCUCCUUGCAGACAUUGGUUCAGCUUGGGAUCAGGGUGAGGGCGGCAAAUGCGACAGAUUCUAUGCUCGCUUUAUCCACAACCUAUCUACAGGUGAGGAGGUUCUGAGCUCGAGUGGCCAGGUGCAUGGCUCUGCUGUAGACCCCUUUCAACAACUCCCCGCGGCGUGUUAUGUCACUUUGACCGUCAAAGCCCAUAGGAGGAAGCAUUAGAGACCGUCGUCCAAGCUCCGUAGCCACGAUUACUAGUUUUACUACGUGGUGCACAAGCCUAAGUGGCUGCAGCGGUUGGUUGGGACAUGGUAGCAGGGGGAGGGGGGGGGAGGAUAGUUGUCGGUAAUGGCCAACAAUACCUGCCCGACAUCUAGCUCACAGUACCUACCACAUGGCCUGAUUCCAGC